AUGGUAGAUCGGGUGGUCUCCCAACUUGAGAGAUGGCAUUAUGAAGGGAGUUAUCGGAGGUUAAGGAUAUUCUCUGGUAUCGUACCCGUGCCCACCAGGGAAGAACCUUAUGAAUCUUGGAAGGAAGCCGCAGUCCAACAAGCGGAGGAAUGGCAGUGCCCUGAUAAAAUAAAGUGGCAACGAGUGGUGGAGAGUCUACGAGGCCCUGCUAUGGGGAUAAUACAAGCGGCCAGGAGAAGUAAUCCCAACGCUAAUCUGGAGACCUACCUGGAAGCUUUGGAUUAUGCGUACGGUACUUUGGAAGAUGUAGGGGAUCUUAUAUCCAGACUGCAUCACACUUUCCAAGAACCUAGCGAGAAACUGAGCGCCUAUGUCAUAAGAAUAGAUAAAUUGCUGUAUAAGAUCGUGGAAAAAAAAGGAAUAACCAGAGAAGAAGUGGAUAAGAGUCGCAUAAGACAGGUGCUACGAGGUGCAUUGACAACUGACCCUGUGGCACAGAAGUUGAGGUGUUCCGAGAGGAGGGAACCACCCCCUGGGUUCAAUGAGAUAUUAAAAGAAGUAAAACAAGAAGAAGUACUGAUUGAGAUGAGGAAGAAAACGGUAAAGAAGGUCAAGGUGGUACAAACUGUAACUGAGACUUCCCCGUUGGAAGAAAGAAUUUUAAAAUUAAUGGAAGAACAGAACAGGAGGAUAGAGCAAUUUAUUGCUACCCAGAGCAGCAACAACCCUCCUCAGAGUACUCUCUCUAGUGAUUCAACACGGAACGGGGGGAGAAGGGGCAGUUUCAAUAGUAGGGACUGUUUCAAGUGUGGGAGGAUUGGUUAUCGAGCCUUUGAGUGCAACCUGAAUCGGAACUCGCCCCGGAUGUAUAAUGCUCCCUCUCACAACACCGACAGUGAAGAUCAAGAUCGGGGAAACGGACAAGGGAGGCCCGUGAACCCCUCACAGGUCUCCUAG